AUGGCGCUUAGUCAAGGAACAAAGAAAAAAGUUUGCUACUACUACGACGGUGAUGUUGGAAAUUAUUACUAUGGCCAGGGGCACCCCAUGAAGCCCCAUCGCAUACGCAUGACACACAACUUGCUGCUCAAUUAUGGCCUUUACAGAAAAAUGGAGAUAUAUCGUCCACACAAAGCCAGUGGUGAGGAAAUGACCAAGUAUCACAGCGAUGAUUACAUCAAAUUCCUGCGCUCCAUCCGUCCAGACAACAUGUCAGAGUACAGCAAACAAAUGCAGCGAUUCAAUGUAGGAGAAGAUUGUCCAGUGUUUGAUGGCUUAUUUGAGUUCUGCCAACUUUCAGGUGGUGGCUCUGUUGCCGGUGCUGUCAAAUUGAACAAACAGCAGACAGACAUAGCGAUCAACUGGGCAGGUGGCCUGCAUCACGCCAAGAAAUCAGAGGCCUCUGGAUUUUGCUACGUCAAUGAUAUUGUCCUCGCUAUAUUGGAGUUAUUGAAGUACCACCAGCGAGUUCUCUAUAUUGAUAUCGACAUCCAUCACGGAGACGGUGUGGAGGAGGCAUUCUACACCACAGAUCGUGUCAUGACUGUGUCAUUCCACAAGUAUGGAGAGUACUUCCCUGGGACCGGUGACCUUAGAGACAUUGGUGCUGGGAAGGGAAAGUAUUAUGCUGUGAAUUAUCCUCUGAGAGACGGAAUUGAUGAUGAGUCUUAUGAAGCCAUAUUCAAGCCUAUUAUGGCCAAGGUGAUGGAGAUGUACCAGCCCAGUGCUGUGGUUCUGCAGUGUGGAGCAGACUCGCUUUCAGGCGACAGACUCGGCUGCUUUAACCUAACCAUUAAAGGACAUGCCAAGUGUGUGGAGUACAUGAAAAGCUUCAACCUGCCCCUUCUCAUGCUGGGCGGAGGCGGCUACACCAUUCGAAACGUAGCGCGCUGCUGGACCUAUGAAACUGCUGUCGCACUUGAUACAUCAAUCCCUAAUGAACUCCCAUACAAUGACUACUUUGAGUACUUUGGACCAGACUUCAAGUUGCACAUCAGCCCCUCCAACAUGACCAAUCAAAAUACCAACGAUUAUCUGGAGAAGAUAAAGCAGCGUCUAUUUGAGAAUCUACGGAUGCUGCCACACGCCCCAGGCGUACAAAUGCAGGCCAUCCCAGAAGACGCAGUACAGGAGGAUAGUGGAGAUGAGGAAGAGGAGGAUCCAAACAAACGCAUCUCCAUCCGCGCUCACGACAAGAGGAUAGCGUGUGAGGAGGAGUUCUCUGAUUCAGAGGACGAAGGUGAAGGAGGCCGCAGAAACACAGCUAACUUUAAGAAGGCCAAGCGAGCCAAGACCGAUGGAGAGAAAGAGAGUGAGGAAAAGGAGAAGAAAGGUGAGGAGGAAACAAAAGAAAUAAAAGAUGAAGAGAAAACGCCAGAGGAUGAAAAAAUGGACACAUCAAAGCCAAAAGAGGAGUCGAAGACACCUUAA